CGUCGUCGGAAUCAUUUUUCAGACAAAAGCAAAGUGUGGCCUGGACCCCUGACCGAAGCAUCGGACCAGUGCCUGAGCUGAUCACACUCUCAACGACACUCUCUCUCCUCUCUCUCUCUCUCUCUCUCUCUCUCUCACCAUUCCAGCAGUAGUAUCUUUGUCCCUUCCCUUCCGUUUUAGCUGCCCAUUCACUCACCAAAUCUUCCCUUUCCCCUGCUCUGUCUCAACCGCCUCUCUCUCUCUCUCUGACCAAGAAACAAAUGGAAGGAAAUCAAACCCUGAAAUCCCCCUAAAAACCAACCUAAUCGCAAAAAGAAAAAGAAAAAGAAAAAGAACUCUGCUUUGGUGCAUUUUGCGAAAAACCCAAUGAAUUCUUGAGCCCUCUCUCUCUCUCUCUCUCUGUCUCUCUCUCUCUCGCUUGUCCAAAGACCCUCAGGAAACCAAAGCCCAAAAAAUCCCAGUUGACUACCAGUCCAAGAAUAGAAAAAUUCCUCUCUCUAUCUCUCUCUCUGAAACACUAAAAACCCAUUUCACAGAUCCCUCUUUCUCUAUGCCCUAAACCCCCCAAAACCCAGCUCAUUUCCAGACCAAAAAAUAUUUAAAAAAAAAAACCGUCUUCUUUCCACCCACAGUCCUCUCUCUCUCUCUCUCUAACGCUUCCCAAAUGGCCCUCCACCUCCUCACUGCAUUCACCCUCUCCAUUCUCCUCACCAAUGUGGGUUUCUCAGCCUCCAAAUCCACCAUCGAGCCCUGCUCAACCACCAACACCUGCACCGCCCUCCUCGGCUACACCCUUCCCACCUCCCUCAAGGUCUCCCAGGUCUCCUCCCUCUUCCAGAUCGACCCUAUCUCCCUCCUCACCGCCAACUCGAUCGACAUCUCCUACCCAGACGUCGAGAACCACAUCCUCCCCCCCUCCCUCUUCCUCAAAAUCCCCAUAACCUGCUCCUGUGUCGACGGCAUUCGAAAAUCUGUCUCCACCAAAUACACCACCCGCCCCUCCGACACCCUCUCCUCCAUAGCCAGUGCGGUGUACAGCGGCCUCGUGUCCGCUGACCAGCUUAAAGAUGCCAACUCGAUUUCGGACCCUUCGGCUCUUGACGUGGGGCAGACCCUUGUGGUGCCAUUGCCCUGUGUUUGUUUCAAUGGGACUGAUAACUCUUUGCCUGCUGUGUACAUGUCUUAUGUGGUGCAGGAGGCUGAUAGUUUGAGUGGCAUUGCCGCGAGUUACUCAACCACCGUUAGUGAUCUCAUGGAUGUCAAUGCGCUGGGGGGACCCGCGAUUAAUGCCGGGGAUAUACUUGCAAUACCCUUGUCUGCUUGUGCGUCUAGUUUUCCACAAUAUGCCUCGGAUUAUGGUCUGAAUGUGCCAAAUGGAAGCUAUGCUAUCACUGCAAGUCACUGCGUGGAAUGCAGUUGUGCUCAAGGAAGUCGAAAUUUAUACUGCAUGCCGUCGUCAUUGGCUGUAUCUUGUUCUAGCAUGCAAUGCAGUAACAGCAAUCUCAUGCUUGGAAACGUAACAUGGCAGCAGAGUAGUGCCGGCUGCAAUGUUACUUCUUGUAGUUAUGAUGGCUAUGCCAAUGGAACCAUUCUCACUACGUUGUCAACAUCUCUUCAACCUCGUUGCCCCGGUAUCCAGCAAUUUCCUCCACUGAUAGCACCACCUGAUUCGGUGCCCACGUAUACAUCAUUUUCUCCUGCACCUGGACCUUCUGAGGCAGGCGGUGCUCCGACCACCACUCCAACUUCCACCGUGCCUUCAUCUGGCUCAGUCCUGGGACUUCCUCCAACAAAUGCCCCUGGUGGAGGUCUCUCUAGUGCUGCACCCUUGGUCCAUCCACUAGCCAGUUUCCCAAUUGCAGUUGUUGUAGGUUUGAUUUUUGGUUCCAUGCGGUCAUUGUCGUUGUAGCUUUUGCCACAUGCUUAGGUUGGAGUCUUUUUGUUUGCAUCUUAUGGUUGCUUCCUGUGCACCAGGACUGACAUUUUGUUUUACCUUAUCUAUUGUUUCCUGUCAGUGAACUGUUGGAGGGAUGCAACCAUCCGGGCUUCUGUUUUAGUUUUAUGUUUCUUUGAUUGGUCUAGCAUAAUGCUCCAUUCAAUUGCCUUGCCUUGUGCCAUGAAUCAUGGCAGUUCCCCAUUCUGUAAUAUAUUCAUGUGUUUCCUAUUUGGUACUCUGGAAAAUUGGCUACGUAAUUGCAAUGGUUUUGAGAACUA